CCGAGGAGGUUUAGGGGCAGCGCGAAGUUUGUGGCGGAGACUGGCUCCUGCUCUCUCCCUGUUUCUCCGGAGCUGCUCCCGCUCCGGCCUCAGGAUGAUCGUGGCCCCGGCAGCCGAGAGGAACAAGGAGCCGAUCCUGGCUGUUAUCCGGCAGCAGCUGAGCUCCCGAGGCCGGGCCCCUGCUCUGGCGCUGGAGUUAGCCUCAGGGUCCGGGCAGCACCUGGUGCACUUCGCCCAGGCUCUGCCCAGUGUGUUGUGGCAGCCGUCUGAAGUGGAGCCCCGGGCCCUGGAGAGCAUCUCGGCAUAUAUUGCAGCAACGAAAGUGUCAAACGUAGAGCAGCCACUUAACAUUGACUGUUCGCAGAGUUGGGAGACCUGGGGAGGAUUGAAGCCAAAUUCGUUUGAUCUUAUUGUAAAUAUUAACAUGAUUCACAUCACAGAGAUAAAGUGCACUGAGGGCCUGUUCAAAGGUGCUGGCCAAUUGCUAAAACCAGAGGCCUUACUCAUCACGUAUGGCCCCUACGCGAUCAAUGGUGUGAUUACUCCACAAAGCAACAUAGAUUUUGAUUUGAGUUUGAGGCAAAGAAAUCCAAGCUGGGGUCUGAGAGACAUAAGCUUGUUAAAGAAAUUGGCUGAAGAAAAUGGGAUGACGUUCAAGCAGAUGGUUGACAUGCCAGCCAAUAAUAAAUGCGUGAUCUUCCAGAAAUGGUCAACUGUAUAGCAGUCAUUCUCACCUGCACUUUUAGGACUUAGGGGAGCGAUGCAAUGUUUAAUUCUGAAUUAUUGUACCAAUCUGUCAUGAUAUGGAAGCGCUGUUAAACCUCUUUUAACUAGUUCAACUAAACCAAAUAGCUGACUUUGAUUAAGAUUAAUACAGUGACUGACUGAUUCGUUUUCCAAGAAUUGAAAAUGAUUGAAUUAAAUUUUUCAUUUAUGCUUGAAAAUAUACAGACCCAUUAGAAUGAAUUAUUUUGAAUAGCUCUGAAUUAAAUUGUCUUUUUAAUUGUUAAAAAGAGUGUAUGUUUGAGGAGCAGACUUGCUCCCCAACACCCUGUGCCUCACCCAUGUUAUUACAAGCAGGCUGUAUGUCACACUCUGUCCUUGAUGGUUUUUCUGAUCAUACAAAGCAUGAAGUGGGAGGAAGUUACCAGCUUCCUUCCCAGUUUCCAAGUCUAAAGCUGUAAAUGGAGGCCUUGCUAUUGUGUCCAACGGCUCUACCAAUUUCUGGUUGAUAACAGUAACUUUCUAAAAGAGGAAUUCCUAUAUGUUCAUAUAGCAUAUGUUUGUUGUUACUUUGGAAUAUGCUGUGUCUGCAUUUGAUGUGGCUUGCACUGAAAUAGCCUGUAAUUCAGUGAAUCCAGAAUUGUAUGUGUUGAUGUAAUUCUUGAAGGAAAACAAACCAUCUUUCAUGUUAUUGAGUGCCUUUGAUCAGUAUUGUACUGUGACCAAGAUUCUGAUAUGUGUAAAAUACAUCGCCUUUGUUCGAUAUUGUACGAUGACCGAGUUUCUGAUAUAUGUAAAAUAUAUUGCCUUUGAUCGGUAUUGUACUGUGACCAAGUUUCUGAUAUAUGUAUAUUACAUCUAAAAAAGAAACCUGCAACAGCCUGCUGUGCCCUGUCCUCACAUCUGUAGCUUUACAGCGACAGAGUGGGGGAGAGCUAGAGGGUAUUGCUGCUCUGGGACCUCAGUGCUCUAGCCUUAUUUUAUUGUGACCUGUUAUCUGUAGAUUUCUAGUGGAUAUGUAUUUAUUAGUACAAAAUUGCUGGAAAAAAAUGUAUUUUGUUAAAAUUUUUCAUCUUGCACUCGUCAGGACAAUUUGCAAGAAUACCAAUUAGGGGAAACAAACUAGAGGUGCUGCCAUUAACAAUGAUUGACAGUUAAAUUUAAACAAAUCUGGUAGUUAAAACAUCUCAUUUGCAUCCCAGACCCAGUUAUCAUGAGCUAUUUCACCCACAACCUUCCUUCCAUUAUCUGAAGUAGAGCUGUUUGUUAAUGGUUGUGUUCUUCAACUCCAUUCUCAAUUCCUGAAAUAAUGAAACAAUCCUUGCCCAUGUACAGCAUCUUCCACAAUCUCCAAACUUUAGUGGGAACGCUGCUGAUCGGCUAAUGUUUUCAAUUGCGUGGAACCUCUGAGGUCUGUGAGUGGCAGCAAGUUCCAGAACACCAAUCGCUGAUAAGAUACAAGUAAUGUUUUCCUGGCAAUUAUAUUGCACAAUGACUUUCUGAGGGUGAACACUUUUCCUUGACAUAUUAAAGCAUUUAACAUGUUUGGGUCUUUCAUCAGCAACAUCACUGGAGGUGUGAAAGGAGCAAAUUCCUGAUCCAAUUUGACUGGACUGUGUACUUCCAUCUCUUGACCACCCAGGUCUUCUGCAGUAAGUGAUCCAGCAGCUGAUUCCCUAAGCUGCUUCAGCACCUAAAAGGCUCAGCUCCUGAAUGUGAUUGAGUACUUGUUGAAAUGCGUAUAGCAGCAACAACAAUGCAUGUUCCAUAAUUUAUACCAAAAUAGUGCUGGAAACUGAAAUAGAAACAGAAAAUGUUGGAAAUACUCUGCAGGUCAGGAGGUAGCUUUGGGAAGAAACAGAGUUGAUGUUUCAGAUUGAUGAUGGCUCUUCAUCAGAACUGAUAAAGGUGAAAGCUUUUAAAACUGAUAAGAGCUAAAAUGUAAACUUUGUUUCUUUCCACUUGGACCUGCUGAGUAUUUUAAAUAUGUUUCUGUUUUUAUACCAUCAUUUAUACUGUGCUUGCAGGAGUCAUUGCAUGUGUUGUGACAACUCACCAAGGAUUCUUCGACAGCAGCUCUCAAACCCAUGAUAUCUACCACUUUUAAGGCUAAGAGCAAUAGAUACACUAUUCCAAGGUUCCUCUCAGAUCACACUGCUUUGUUAUCUGAAUGUGUUACCAUUUCUUUGUUGUUGCUCAGCAUGGCUCUACUCUAAAAGCCCUGCCUGACAGCAGGCUGGGAUACCUCCUCUGUCACAAAGGCUGCAGAAGGGAUGGCUACUACAUGUCAGAAUAGCCAGUGUCACCUCCAUCUGAAGAAUCUAGACAAAAACCAAUUCUACAGAACAUGAAAAUAAUUGGACCAAACAUUUUUUUACACAAUUUGCAAUGUGUACAUUGUUUCAAAAUUAUUCCAGUGUGAAGACUGUUAUUGGUUUAAUACUAGUGUAAUGUUACGGUGGUGUGCUUCUGCAAAAUGAUAAUGCAACUAUAAAAUCAAGUUUUUAAAAAAGGA